AACGCACUGCUACCUGAGCUCCUCCCAAGCUAUAAAACCCCUCCCCUCCUGUGUCUCUCAGCCCAACUCCAACACACACACAUAAACACCUACAGUUAAAACUUACUCACUCACUCACUCACGCACUCCCGAUUCAACAUGAGCCUCCCCACCAACGUCCACGUCUCCUCCCACCCUCUCCUGCAGGCCAAACUCUCGCAACUGCGCUCCGCCUCCACCUCCACCCGCCAAACCCGCGAUCUCGUCCACGAGAUCGCCACCAUUUUGGGCGUGGAAGCGUUUGCAUAUGGCUGGAAAACGAAGCAAGAUGGAACGGACAAAACCCCACUAGGCAUCGAAUACCCAACCACGACCAUCGACCCCUCCAACAUCGCCUUGGUGCCUAUCCUGCGAUCCGGACUAGGCAUGACCGACGCAAUCAACUCCCUCCUCCCCACCAGCAUCCCCAUCUACCACCUGGGCCUCUUCCGCGAGCGCCUCACCCUGCAACCGGUCGAGUACUACAACAACCUGCCCUUCCACAACGCCAGCAGCGCCAACACCGCCGCGGCCGACACCGCCAUCCUGCUGGACCCGAUCAUCGCGACGGGCGCCACGGCCGAGGCGGCCAUCCAGCUGCUGCGCGAGUGGGGGGUGCGGCGCGUCGUGAUGCUGAGCGUGCUGGGCUCCGAGGCGGGGAUCCGGCGGGCGGCGGGGACGUGGGCGGACGGGGUGGAGGUGUGGACGGGGGCAGUGGAUGCGCGGUGCGAUGAGCGGGGCAUGAUCGUGCCGGGGUUGGGGGAUAUUGGGGAUCGGUUGUUUGUGGCGAUUGGGAAGUAG